GGCACGUGUCCUCAUUUCCGUCCGGGUGGAUCUUUCCGAGCGCUUUCCGUUCACUUCACUACAGCUCACCGCUUCACCGCCUCACUCUUUAUCCGGAGUAAAGAUGCUCCCCAGCCCCGUCAGCUCGACCCCGUUCUCGGUGAAGGACAUCCUGAAGCUGGAGCAGCAGCAGCAGCAGCAGCAGGCUGGAUCCUCUCUGCACCUUCCCUGCAUGCACAGCGCGCUCAGCCGCAGCCUGGAACUGCUCUACAGCCCGGACUGCUCGAGCUUCAGCCCCGCGGAGCACAGCAGAGCGCAGAGAGGAGCGCCGAGCCCGCCGAGCCCCGAGGAGGAGGAGAGAGAGCAGAGCCCCCACACAGGCGCGUGCGAGUUCGACCCGUCCAGCUGUGCCGUGCGCAAGGUGGAGGAAGACGAGGAGGGCGGCGGGGGUCCCGAGGGCCGCGCCAGGCCGCGCGUGCGCAGGAGGCCGCGGGUGCUCUUCAGCCAGGCGCAGGUGCUGGAGCUCGAGAGGCGCUUCGAGCAGCAGCGCUACGUGUCUGCGCCGGAGCGCGAGCAGCUCGCGAGCCUGCUCAAGCUCACCUCCACGCAGGUGAAGAUCUGGUUCCAGAACCGCCGGUACAAGUGCAAGCGGCAGCGGCAGGAUAGGAGCCUGGAGAUGGCCGGUGGGCACGCGGCCACGCGGCCGAGGAGGGUAGCCGUGCCCGUGCUCGUCCGUGACGGCAAGCCGUGCCUGGGAGGAACCCACGCGCCCCCGUACAACGUCUCCGUCAGCUCGUACACCUAUGGCAACUGCUACAACACGUACAAUAGUUAUAACAGUUACGGAAACGGCCCUUACGGUUGCAGCCUCAACGGCAUGACCUCCCACAUCCCGAACCCAAUGGUGGACGUCAGUUUCUCCAUGGCGACCGCGGAUGGAUCUCUAGGUCAGCAAGGACCGUUUCAGACCACGUUACCGGGGAUCAGGGCCUGGUGAGAUGAAAGACUAUGGACCUCACACACACUGAGAUUUGUGGUCAGACUGAGCUGGAGGGAGAGCUUCCCAACACAGGUGACCUUCAUCACAGAGAUCCUGAGUGAUGUUCUCUCAACAGACACUGAAGAGCUUCAGAUUUACAUUCCCACAUGAAUGAAACUGCAUCAGCACAUAAUACAUGCAUAAAACAGAACAAUUAGGGCCAUGAAAUGAACACAGGCAACGUGCACUUAAAAAGAUGGUUCUUUAGGGGUUCUUUAGUAACGGGGUUGGUUCUGCUUAGAACCAUGAACACUCAAAGAAUCAUUUCUGUGCUUAAAUGGUUCUCUGCAUGGUGAAAUGGUUCUUCAGAUCGAUGGAAAGUGUAUAUAGCAGUGUAAAGUGUAUAUUCUGUAUAUGGUUCUAUAUAGCAGAACCCUAUUUGAAAAUAGUUCUGUGUAGCACCAAAAAGAGUGCUGCUAUUAAUACAAGCUUGACAUCAUAUCA